GGGGUGAUGUAUAUAAGGGGUGAGUGCUGUGGUCAGUGACAGGUGCAGAGCAGGUGAGGGGACAUUUAGUGCUAUCAUAUAAUCAUUACUGUAAGCAAUGAAAACACAUUAUGACACUGUUUUAAGGAAAAUGGGGACGCUGGUCGGUCUGUGCACUUUUCUCUCACUCCUCUGCUGUGUCUGUGCAGAUGUCGUGGAGCGAUUUGAGGAUGCUCCCGGGUGCCUGGAGUUCUUCUACAGAGAGAAGGUGCCUGACUGGGGAUCUUCUACACCCAACGCUGCACGAAUCUGCCAGAGAUUUGUGAACAGGUACCACUUUGCCACUCUGUACGAUACCAAGCACCGGAUUGCUGUUUACUCUGCCUAUUACUUCCAACCAAGUAACGGAGGAGGCAGAGAGAAGAGAUGGUUUGUGGAGCCUCAGCUGGUGGACAGUAGUUGGCAGGCUGAGAUGAAGGACGGGUACUGGCUGGGACAGGACCACCCUGGGGUGUAUCUGGGAGAGAAUCAGGCGCUGAACGAGGACUACACCUACUCUGGGUUUGACAGAGGGCACCUCAACCCCAACGGACACCACCCAGUCCCGAGCCGUAACGCCACUUUCACUCUGACCAAUGUCAUCCCCCAAAACCCCAAACUGAACCAGAACUCGUGGAGGAUCUACGAGUCCCAGCUCACCGACCUGUUCCUGGACACAUGCUCCAAGGCUUACGUCCUGGUCGGCGCGAUCCCGUCCGCGGAUAACUGGAUCAUCAAAAACGACGUGAAGCGCGUCAACAUCCCGCAGCGCAUCUGGAACGCGUGGUGCUGCGUGGACAACAACGGACAGCCAGUACAGAGCGGCGCGGGGUCGGCCAAUAACACGGAGGAGGAUUUUGUGGAAGAGAUGUCACUGGAUGAAAUGGGAGAGCACCUGCAGCAGUUCUCCAAUCAGCCAGUGGGGGAGCUGUUCUAUAAUAACUGCAGGCCAUAGGGAGACCAAGACACAAGCUGAUUUUAAAUGAAUUUUAGACUUAGGCUUGGAUUUGUAGAUCGUAGCUAGGCCUGUCACGAUAAACACAUUUGUAAGUACGAUAUCGUGAUAAACAAUAAUAUU